UUUUGUAUUUUGUGGCUGGGUCUGCUGAUGCUUCUAAUUUUUGGGGCUUUUUGAGUCGUGCUAAUGAUGGAUUAUUUUAGAUUGGAAUGUGAAAAUUAGUGGGAAAUAAAAUGCUGAUAUUUGCUGCUUGUGAAUUUUGUGGCAUAAUAUGGCGUGUUCAUUUGUUUAGAUGACAUGGCGGGAGACCUGAAUGACGCAGGGGGCUGUGAUGAUGUUCUAGGAUGGGUGGAAGUGUUUGGAAAACGAAAAAAAAAUCAUAGUUGCAGCAUUUUAAUCUCCAAAACUUCUUGUGUAGAUUAGGAUGUGGAAAUGACAGCUCUGAAGACCAUUUUUACUAGUUUCAAGCUCUGUUUUACUAGGAAUUCCUAUUUCCGCUUGUUUGAUAUUCAUAGGAUGCUAAUUAUUAUGAUUAUAUUUCUCGUGUUAUGUAGUUGCAUGGAAGCCAGGUUAUUUUGCAAAGGGAGCGCGCUGUUCCAGUCCGUUUCUUUGCCAAAGAAGCUGCUCCCCCAGCUCUCAAGGGGGAUGAGAUGUUGAAGAACAUUGUUUUUGGAAGUUAAGAAUAAAUUUGAGACAGCCUUGGGUAUAUACUUCGUAAGGAGAAAAUCACCAUGGACCCGGAUGAUCCUGCUGCAGUAUCUCAGUAUACAAAAAUCAUGGAGACCGUAAGGGAAAAGAGAGGCCUCACUGAUGAUCUUGGUGCAAAGGCUAUGAUGAUGGAUGCUUUGGAGAAAGUUGAAAAGGAAAUUAAGAGACCACUCAUGAGGAAUGACAAGAAGGGGAUGGCUCUUCUGAUGGCAGAGUUUGAUAAGAUUGACAAGAAGUUAGGUAUUAAGAGGGAAGAUCUGCCAAUGUAUGAAGAACAGUUGGAGCAUAAAAUUGCAAAAGCACAAUUGGAGGAGCUGAAGAAGGAUGCUCUAGAGGCGAUGGAAACUCAAAAGAAAAGGUAAGAAAAGAAUUGAGAUGGGUUGCACGAAGUUGCCGCCAAAACUCAUUCCCAACGAGAAAUCUCGCAAGAUGACUUUCCAAAAGAGAAAGAAGGGUUUGGUCAAGAAGUUACACGAGCUUUCUGUUCUUUGUGACAUCAAGGCCUGCAUGAUCCUGUACAACGCUGAAACCGACAGCAAGGCCGCCAAUCAGAACGGUGGUGUCGUCUCGACAAUGACGGAAACCUGGCCUCUAGAACCUAAAGUCGUCCGAGCCCUCCUCAAUGAGUACCAGGCCUAAGCGGCUGACAUUCGAAGAAAUUGAUGCUUCGGUCUCUCGACCAUUUUCACGAAGGCACAAAAGAAAGGCCAAGUCAAGUACCUGACACUGGACGAGCAGCUCGACACUUUUUUUGAAAGAACAGAUGCAAGAAUUACUCAUAUCGCUAGAGAAAAAGAUGAAGAAGGUUGACGCGAGGAUCGUAGCGAAGAAGGCGAGUGGUAACAUUGUUAAUGGGCCUAACAACAAUGGCAACAAGCUUAGCCACACAUGGUCCCUUGCAGGCAAUGCCUAUGGGGGGUACUACCAAAGCUUGUUCUAUGGAGAUAAUCAUUAGAAUCAUUUAGAAGAUGUGGGAUUCCAACAGCCUAAUGGUGACAAUAGUGAAUUUGUGAAGCCACUUGAUGUUUAAAUGCCUAUUCUCUCUUCAGAACAGGACUACAAUCAGAUUUAGUAUGUUAUUUAUGGCUUUUAUACUUCUGUUUUUAUAAACAAAGAAGGAAGGAGAAAAAACAUGAAAAGGCAGCAUAGCAGGACUUGUUGACGAGAGCAUAUGCUCAUCGACGAGGGAACAAAAUAGGUUCGUCGACGAAGGUUCUGAAGCUUGUCGAUGAAAAAUUACCGAGAGCAGGAAAUUUUCAUACUUUUGGCAUCGUCGACGAGAGCCUUGUAUUCAUCGACGAAGGGUCUUCUUGGUCUCGUCGACGAGACUCUGUGUUUGUCAACGAGAGGUGCCUGGACUACGACAGUUUUAUGAAAUUUUGAAUUUUUGAACAUUGGGUGGUUGGGCAAAUGAGGGGAAACCUCCGAGGAACUUCUAUAUAUGUCAUAUGGGCAUAUUUUGAGAAAAGAGAUGAUCAUUAUAGAAGUGUAUUGUGUACAUUUUGAUUUCCUUAGUGAAAUUUGUGUGUCAUUGCUUCCGUGAAUGUAAGC